UUCAAGAACGUUCCUUGGGACGCACACUCCGUCGUAAUGUUUCGUUUGUACCUGCAACCAGGGGAUGCAUCCACCUCCGGAGCCUCCACUGCGGCUGCGCCCAAUCUGCUAGACGAGAGUAAACUCGCAGCGUGGACUGCUAUACCGCUGGCGUUAACUGCAGGUUCGCAAGCAUCAAGACGAAGUAGACAAUCGGGAGGUAAUCAAGGCGGAGGACUACGGCUAAACGUUGGUUCUCAUAAUCUUCCACUGUUCUUCCCACCCGUUGUUCCAGUUCCUAAUAUUCCAUUACGGGGUCCUUUUCCGGAUCAGUGGCUUCCUUAUGGACAGGCCUCGUUGAGGGUAUCUAUUUUUGCAACAGGCAGUCUUCCGCCUGCGAGACCCAGCUCUCCUGAGGAAUUUCAAGAAGAGAAUGACCUUCCCAAGGAUGUAUGGAUAAAGAAUGGUCGGUCGUCUAUACUCACUGACGAAUUUGACGAUGGAAAUGGUUUUGAUCUUUACAUUGACGGAGCUCGAUUUCUUCCAGACAGUGUCAGCAUCACUAAGGUGGCUGGAAGAGUACUGGACAAGAACUACACAAGAAUUGGUGCAGACAUUGACGUACAAGCUACACUGGACAGUGACAUCUACAACCCGGAAUACAACUACAGGACAGAAUACCGAGACCCAGUCUUCCCGCAGUCUUGCACUCUAAUGUUGAAAGUUUACACAGUGGAUAGAAUUUCAAAGACUCUUUGCUGUGUGGGGUACGGAUUUCUACCGAUCUUUGUUGAAGUUGGAACAACAAAACAACCAUCCGUCAGUAGUGGGAAUGCGAAGGUUGCUUUUAACGAAGGUCCUCACCAAAUACGGUUGUAUGGUGGUUCUCCAGACCUCUCGCAACCUUUGCAUGAGAGUGUGACGCAAAGUGUGUCUCCCGUUCCAUGCGCUAGUUUAUUGGUAAGACUGGUUCAAGCAGCUCGCCAUCCUAAUGGAAGACCGAAAGAGGCUUCAGAGUUCAGCGAAUCCGAGAGGGAGUCUGAAGGGCUGUUAGACCCCAAACCGAGCUAUGCAGAUGGAGCAUAUUACUCCCUCUCUUGUGAGCCCACCCUGGGAGAGUGCCAGAUAUUUCACAGUAUGGUUAACAGACAACCAGUCAAGACUCGUGAGGCAAUAAAACUCAUCGGAGACGGACAGGAAAAUAAACUAAAGAAAGACAGAGUAAUAGAAACCUGGAUCAAGUCUUUGCAUUUGCUCACGUCAGCAGUGUACACCCAUGGGCAAAUUGACCAAUCAGAGCGCGCGCUUUACUUUGGUAUGUUAUAAAUUUUUAUAUUUUGCAACAAAUACCAGAUCUCCGUGGAUGCUGCGCAGAAUUUACCAUGGUCCAAUUUUACAUUAGUCAGCUACUGUCUGUCGCCUCCGGCGUCAUUUUAUCGGGGUGCCAGAGAGGAUUCGCUGAACCACGUGACAAAAGCUGUGUUCUCCAGUAGUGUCGCCUCUCCUGUAUGGAAAGAUGGACUGAAGGCGUUUCCCCGCCGUAUUUACCACAGGUUUAUGGUUGUUAUCGUCCAUCUUCACGAGUUGGUAUUGGACACAACUCAAACCAAAACAUCUUACAGUUUACAAGGACAGGCGUGGACCGCUGUCCAAGUGUUUGAUGAAGGUUAUGUUAUGAACGGUUGUUAUCAGCUUCCUCUGUACUAUGGGGACCCCCCUGAGGCUGUGCUUAAUUCUCUUGAAAGCGAUAACUGUCACAAUGUACUUGGUAACUUUCGGAGAAGAAAGGCGAUUAAGCUUUUGGAAGGCAGUUCAGUUUAUGUUCGAUUAUCAGACGCGAGAAGAGCGGAGGAACUUCCUGCACCUAAGAUGAAAGCCAUUCAGGACUACUUGCCAAAAGAAAGGAUUGAAAAAUACCUCAAUGUAAACCCAUCUUCAUCUCUGAGUUCCCUUGUACCUCGCGGUGUGACCGAAGAUGAACUAAGGAUGGAACUUAAAGACAAGUUUGUGAAUCUAACAAACCAGUUGCUGGGAGGAUAUCAGAAGGACACAUCGUAGCAUACUCCACGACAUACGAACGGAAAAUUAAGAGAGCUUGGAAAUAGCAUAUUUGACUGAUUACGAGUUACACAGAGAAGACAAAAUCUUCAAAUUUAUGGCGCUUUAGAGUAUUAUUUCGAUGUGGAUGAGUUGGUACACAUGAAACUAUAGAGGAGCUUAAGCAAUCACCUUGACACCCAGGAGUGCAUCCCUUCAAUUUCACUUCCUUUUUCUUUAGAAUUUCGCGCGAGACUUGAAGUAUUUUCUCUAUACGUCCGAACCAUACUUGGCACGCUUCUCUUCCGUAUAACUUGAAAAUGCCAAGUUCAGUUACAACUGUUUUAGACGUGAAUAAUUUGGAGCUCGCAAUAUAAGAGUUAAAGACAUGAUCACAGUUUGAAACGCACGUGUAGUGUUAAUUUUUUUUUCUCUUCAUUGGAUACAUUCACGUAGGAAUUUUGCAAAAUAAGAGUUUAUUAGACAGAGUGGUAGUUUUUCUCCUCUUAAACCUUUCGUCAUCUUCACGUCCUCUCAGGACCGUCUCCGUCGUGAUUUGCUUGAGUUCCCUUCUAUAGUUUUAAGUUCAGUCAGCAGUGCACUAAUACCGGAGGCCGUACGCGUUCUAGUUUCAAGGAAAACUUUAAGAAAAUUCGUUGUCGCUCAUGAACGCGUUUCUUUUGCUUGUUUUUACCGGUUGUGAUACCAAAGACAUUUUAAAAACUCGAAUAAAUAAGAGAUCGACAUAUCUUUACAUACUAAUUAGUUCUAAUUUAUUAUUUGAAGAAGUUUAUUCUAAUGUAAUAUACUUACACAGAUGUACAUCUUCCUAUGAUACUGAUAUUUAGAACCAAGCGGUGAUGUAAAAAGUGUUUACAUAUCUAAGAGUUUGCCCAUACAUUAAUAUUUUAGUUAAUGGAGAUCUCUGCUAUCAUACACUGAGUAUUUUUCAGGAUAAGAACACUUCCGAAAUUGGAGAGGCGUUAGGAUACUUCAACUCGAUAUGCAUGCAUACUACCGUGUCAGUUUUUUAUUUUUGUUCGUUUGGGUGUUUAUUUUUUCACUUAGAAUUGUUCAAAUAAUGUAUUUAUGGUUCAUUAUUGCUUUUUCACCCAGCAACUCGUUACAUUGCAAUAAUUUAUUAGUAUCGAUACAUUAAUAUAUUAGUAUUUCUCAUCAGUAGGCAAAGAAGAUUUGCUCAGAAUUUAAUUCGUUACGCAAUCUUAUCUCUUACAUGUGGAAAUAGAGAAGAAUGGAAUUAGAAGAAUUCACUUUGAAACUUUUCA